GCGGGGCAGGGGCCGGGCCGAGUGCUGAGAGGCGGGCGGGAGGGGCCGGCGCUGCCUUCGUCCCACCGCUGCCCGGCGCGGCCCGGCCCGGCCCGCGGGCUGACCCGCCCGCCCGGGACACCAACGCUGCUGGCGGGGGCGCAGAGGCACUCAUCGCCCGCCCCGGCAGAGCGGCGCCAGCCCUGAAGAGCCGUCCGCCUGGCUCCGAAGGGCACGUCCUCGGCGGUGGCCUGCAGCGGGGCCGGCGUCGGCGUCGGCUGCUGCCUGCUCCAGAGCCGCCUGCUCCCGACGGGUGGAAAAUGAAUCCCGCUCCUGCGGCUCCGCCGCCAGGGCAGCAGGUGAUCCACGUCACGCAGGACCUGGACACGGAGCUGGAGGCGCUUUUCAACGCGGUGAUGAACCCCACGCCCAGCUCCUGGAGAAAGAAAAUACUGCCCGAGUCUUUCUUCAAGGAGCCCGACUCGGGCUCGCACUCGCGGCAGUCGAGCACGGACUCGGGCGCGCCCCCCCUGCGGCCCGCCGCCGCGCAGCAUGUCCGUUCCCACUCCUCGCCCGCCUCGCUUCUGGGCUCGGGGGCCGCGCAGCAGCACGCGCACCUCCGCCAGCGAUCCUACGACGUGACGGACGAGCUGCCGCUGCCGCCCGGCUGGGAGAUGGCGCUCACGCACACGGGACAGCGGUACUUCCUUAAUCACAUAGAGAAAAUUACAACAUGGCAAGAUCCUCGAAAAACUAUGAACCAACCGUUGAACCACAUGGGCCACCAUCAUGCAGCUACUUCCACACCAGUACCACAGAGAUCUAUGGCAAUGUCUCAGCCAAAUCUUGUCAUGAAUCACCAGCACCAAAUAACAUCCAGCACAGCCAUGUCACAGCAGAGUCGUCCUCCCCAGACUCCACAGCCAGGGCUUUUGAACAUGCCUAGUGCACUGACCACACAGCAACAGCAGCAGCAGAAGUUGAGGCUCCAGCGAAUCCAGAUGGAGAGGGAGCGAAUUAGGAUGCGUCAGGAGGAGUUACUGCGACAGGAAGCUGCUCUGUGCAGACAACUUCCCAUGGACUCAGAAAACAUGGUCCCAGUUCAGACAGCUGUGAAUACACCUGCCAUGACACAAGACAUGAGGCCUAUUACAAAUAAUGGAUCUGAUCCCUUCUUGAACAGUGGGCCAUACCAUUCCAGGGAACAGAGUACUGACAGUGGCUUGGGAUUAGGAUGUUACAGUAUACCAACGACACCGGAAGAUUUCCUUAGCAACGUGGAUGAGAUGGAUACAGGAGAAACUAUACCACAGACAACAAUGAACAUAAAUCCACAACAAACACGUUUCCCUGAUUUCCUCGACUGUCUUCCAGGAACAAAUGUUGAUCUUGGGACUCUAGAGUCAGAAGACUUGAUCCCUAUUCUCAAUGAUGUGGAGUCAGUACUCAACAAAAAUGAGCCCUUCCUUACCUGGCUGUAAUCAUUCAGUGCUGAUUUGGCCUACAAUGCAAUUCAACAUUUCUUUUUCUUCUUGAGAUAGAGGUAGAAUAUGUGAAAAUGCUCAAGAGAGACAACUUACUGCCUUAAUGUCUUUUGUUACAUCAUCUUUAUGGUCGGUUUAAUCUCUGCCUGGAUUUCAUUGACACUAAUUUAAAUAUAAAAUACACACACAUAUAUAUAUUAAAAAAUACAUAUAUGCAUAUAUAUUUAUUCUUCUUUAAAAACAAGCACACUACUUUACAUAUCUAUAUACUUCUUUACCUUUUCAGACCAGGCAGAAAUGUUUCAAUUUAAGGACCGAAACUGGAUGGUGUUUGUGCAUAUCCCUGACUGAUCUCCUAGGUGUUGAUUAGCAUCGAAAACCCUUCAUGAAUCAGCAAAGCUAAAUACUAGCUCACUUGGUUCAAAAAACAUGCACAGCACCAGACCAUGAGAGCGGUUUUAUUACUGUGUUUAUGACAAUAGUAUCAGAAGGGGGGUUUUAUUAAUUUACUUAAGCUUUAAUUUUUAUUAUUUUUUUUUAUUCUUAGUUACUAACUGUGCCAUAUGGAAUACAGAUUAAAUCUGGUCCAUAUCAGCCAUAAUAAUUCUCAUUAUAUAUUUGCAAAGGCACAAACAGUACUAUUGCAGUUUCUUUUUUUCAGUAUAUUACUGUAUAGGUUUUGGAAAACAAAUACUUCCAAUCUGAAAGUACCAGAAUUGUUUAGCAACGUUUUUAUACUACAAUAUUGUUGCAGAAUAAACCAGGCUGGUACUGACUGCUGCCUUUUACAAACAAAGCAAUGUAUUAUAAACAAGCAUUUUUUAAAAAGAUCUUAGAUUUUGAUGUUUAUUAUAUUAAGCACUACAUUUUUUAACUUAACACAUAAACAAUUUUUAUGUAUAUAAAAUCUGUGGCAAACAAAUGAAAAAAACAGUCUUUUAAAAGCAGGUCUGAAAAUGUGGCACAACCUGUUAAUGUCAUAUGUAGCAGAAAGAAGCCUUAUACUGUUUUCAGUAAUGUUUUAACUGACAAUGUCAAAAUACAUGUAGUUGUUUACAUGAAAAAAGAUGGUAACUUUAUCAGGGCAGUGCUAAAGCAGUAUUGGAACUUGUCUGGUAAAGUUACUUAGUUGUUAGGUCUUUUACUUACUGUAGUUGGUAUACAGGACACAAGGCGUGUUCUGGGUAUUUCUACCUGUUGUAUAUCCUACAAAUACUUCUUUAUCAGAGGUUUGGGACUGAGAAGGCAUCAAGGACAUUAAGCUUGCAGUUCCCCUGAAAUGCAAAUGAAGUCCUAAAAUUCUUAAAUAUUUUGAAAUUAUGUUAUUUAUAAUAUGUGAAUUUAAGCUUUUUAUAUUGAAAAAUAUGUCUUUAUAUGAAAGGCAUUAAAACUUUUCUCUAAGCUUAAGCCGGGCUAUGUAGAGAGAGAAAGAGGUGUAGCACUCAGUGUAAAUGUGUGUUUGGCAGGUCUGAUAACACUUAACAAGGUCUUACUGAUGCACCAGAAUAUUGAUCACUAAAAACUUUUUUCCAUCUGGUUGGGUGAAAGUAGGUGAUAAGGUCAGAGGUGAAGAGAUGGGAAUACGGAGGAGGUUUGGAAGACAAAUGAUCAUGUAAGAGAUGGAGAUUCUUCACAGGAAGGGUUGUUGCAGAUAGGGAUACACAGAAAAUGCAUCAUCAGCAUUCAGUAAAAAAUGUAAGAACUUGAUACAAUGAACUGCCUUGUCAAUGGUGAACUGCUGGGUGUACAAGAUACCAGAGGGCAGAAAAUAAACAGCAAACACACCCAAAUUUUGAAAAAAAAAAAAAAGAGGUGGAAGGCAAAGACCUACAGUCAUAAAGUUUUAUUACAUAGGGAAAAAUAGCUCUUUUAAUGGGUUGGUUUUUUGUUUGUUUGGGUUUUUUUUAAUAGAAAAUGAGAUACGACAUCAGAGUUGUGUCUGCACAGGAUUUAAUUACUGAAUGGGCAUUGUGUUUAUUUUUUGGAGAGGUUAUUUGUUAUUUUUGGGGGUUUUUUAAUUAUUUUUGUGAGUGCUAACUAUUGAUAUAGCAGAAAUUUCUUUUCAACAAACAGGGGACCGGGCAGGGCUAACCAAUGUUACUGUAACUAUGAUUAAUCUCUCUAAGGGUUUCUUCAGGUUGUCAGCCUAAACAAAAACCAGAUGGUCCUAAGGCUUUGUUCUUUAGUGACAUGACUGACUUGGAGAUUUAUUGGCAUCUGAUUGUGAUGCCGACUUGUAAGGCAACUCUUAACCCUGGCGUGAUUGGCCUAGCAAGCUGAAGGCUGUUGGUGCUAGAACACAGUAGCUGCCGAUCUGAGCUCUAGCGUGACUCAGUUGAUACUACUCACCCUUAGAUUAUAUUUAGAAAAUGCAUUUUUUUCAUUUGCUAGUAAGUCUGUACUAUUAUAAAUUUAAGCUUUGACACAGUAGAAGAUACUCCAAGCAGAUCAGGUUCUUUGCUGGUGUGCAUUAGCUAACCUGUGUUGACUUCUGUUUGGCUACACUGAUUUCAUCAACUGCAGGUCAUGAUUCUUACAGUGAAACCCAAUGCUGUUUUCUUGUAAGGUCACUUAAGGUGUUUAUCAGAAUUGUGAAGCUACAAACUUGAUUCCUCUUUUCAUAGGUGUUUCAUGUGGCUAAGUGUCUUAGUUCAAAGACCUUAAAGAGGUAAAACAAUCAGGAAUUCUUUCCAUAUUGCUUCCAUAAUAAACCAGCUGUGCAAAACAAUACUUACAGUGUAAAACAACUGCCAGAAUCUUAGGUCAGAUCUUUACUCAGUCAUGAACUGAAUCACGUUUAAGUUAAAAGCCAUUCUUUACUUUACACUGUAAACUUUUCAUUUUUGUAAUGGAGAGGAUGUGUCAGAUGAGUAGCAACAACAAAAUUAUUUUUUAUUAAGUUCUCUUUUUCUAAAAGUUUCUAGCUUUAAACAGGCUGUGGCAGAACUUUUAAGUACUCAAAGCAUAUGCAAUUCUUCUGAAACUAGAUUUAUAGAUGCCAAUGUGUUGCUUAUUUCAGGUUUUGAACAUUUACUUUAAUAAAUGCACACUGUCUGCUUGUAGUAUAAAUACAGCAAAUAUGCCAGCUGGAUAGAUUUACUGUCAGCCAUCACCGAGGGUGGCAUAUGUAAGUCUUGGUGAUACAGGAGUAAUGAAAUGUUGUUAAUUACAGUUUGUAUUCUGGUAAUACUGUCAGAAUGUAAGUUGGGGAGGGAUUGGGUUUGACUUCUUGACAACAAAUGCUGUUUGAGGGAAGGAUUUAAAUGUCUAUUUUAAAUACAGAAAAAUAUGGGUGUUCAAAUAAACUUGUUUCCUAAUAUGCUACAUGCAUAUACAUGCUAGUACUUUAACUUUUUUAUUUACUUUUUUCAUUUUGUUAUAUGACAUGUGUGAGCAUUUGUUUUUAAUUUUGAGUACCUUGCAACAGAUUGUAUGUAUCAAAAGCAGUCAGAUCAAACUGUUGUAUCCAGGGUUUGAUUCUGUUUUUUUUACUAUUUCCUUGAUCUUGUACAUGAAAACCAAAUAUAAAUGAACUUAAAGAUUUUGGAUGCA